AUGGAGAAUUACUACAUGACAUUGAAAGCACGUUAUGGUGAGAUAAAAAGGGCAAAGGAUUUGAGUGGUGAAGGGUGGGAUGAUGCCACCAAGACUAUCACACUCGACCCUGUUGUAGCGUUCACAUACACGAAGGCAUACCCUGCUGCAAGGGCCUUCAUCAACAAACCAAUUGAAAAUUAUGAAAAUAUAAGGAUCAUUUGUGGUGAUGAUUAUGCAACAGGGUACUAUGCGACAUCCAUGUUUUCUGAAUUUGAGGUACCCUCGGAACAUAAGGACAACAACCCUAAUAAUGGUGACUCGCCACCAGUAGACCAUGCCAUCGAGGAGGAUUGCGAUGUUCAUUCUGCUCCACCUAUUGUUAACACUCCUGCCACUUCAUCCACCCCAAGAUCACAACGUUCAAACAGGGGGUCCAAAAAAUAA